AAGUGUGCGGAAGGAAAACCACGUGAAUGAACAACGGAGGCUACAACAACAUAACGAGUAGCAUUUUAUCAUCGGCGCCAUGGUAAACUAGACUGUUAUAACGCUGUUGAUGUGUCAUUCAAAUAUGACACGAGUUUAUUAGCUGGCUAGUUAUCCAUCAAUGUGCAGGUUGCCUGCAAGUGGCCUUGUAUUUGCUGCAAAGAGGAGAUACACAAACGAACCAUUUUUUUGUUGUGUGUGUGAAGUAUUUAGGAAUGGUCUAACCACCAGACACCAUGUUGAGUCGUCUACAGGAGCUGAAGAAGGAGGAGGAGACCCUCCUGAAGAUUAAAGUUAUGCUGCAGGACCAGCUCAACAGACUCAAGUUUGAAGAAGGGGCCCUAAAGUCCAUCAUCAACGGUCAGACAGACGAAGGUCCUUCACAACCUGCCAGUCCUCCUGAGGUUCCUCUGAACCUGGAUGACGAAGCAGUGAUCAACCAGACCAAACUGCUGCUGAGUGGUCCUGUAGACUACCACAUAGAAGAGGAAGAGGAGGAGGAAGAUGAGGAGGAGGAGGACGACGACGAAGACGACGACAACAAUGAGCUUGAAGCAGUGCCUGAGGAAGACGAAGAGGACGACGAUUAUUACUGAGUGGACCUGUCCCAAAUGGCACCCUGUUCCCAAUGUAGUGCACUGGGCUUGAGCAGGGACCUGGACAAAUGUAGUGCACUACAUAGGUAAUAGGAUGUGAUUUGGGACGUUGCCAGUGUAUUGACCUCUUAAAGAGGAGAUGUGUGUGUAUAUAAUAUCACAGACUGUUUUUUUGUUUUGCAUCCUGUACUUCUGAAGUUAUUUAUUAUUAUUAUUAUUAUUAUUAGUUAAACUACUAACUUGCAGUGGGUAAAUAAAAUGUAGCCUGAGUGCUA